CGAAGCGGAGCUGGGGUGUCCGGGGUUCACUCCUCGCUGACACCGAGCCCCCGAGAGCCUCACCUGCACGUCGGGCCCCGCGGGGAGUCCCAUCUCUGCCCCCCUCUCCCGCCUCCGCCGACCCCCAGCUCCUCGCCCGGAGGAAGGGUGCGCGUAGCGUGCAUCUCCCAUCCACCGAAAUCUAUGAUCAGCUCCGUGUGUGUCUCCUCCUACCGUGGACGCAAGUCUGGGAACAAACCACCCUCCAAAACAUGCCUGAAGGAAGAGAUGGGCAAAGGGGAAGAGUCGGACAAGAUCACCAUCAAUGUAGGUGGUACCCGGCAUGAGACCUACAAAAGCACCCUACGGACUUUGCCGGGCACCCGCCUGGCCUGGCUCGCCGACCCUGAUGCCCAGAGCAACUUUGACUUUGAUGGUAAAAGCAAUGAGUUCUUCUUUGACCGUCACCCCGGGAUCUUCUCCUACGUGCUCAACUACUACCGUACCGGCAAGCUGCACUGCCCUGCGGACAUCUGCGGACCCCUCUUCGAGGAGGAGCUGACCUACUGGGGCAUCGAUGAGACGGACGUGGAGCCCUGCUGCUGGAUGACCUACCGCCAGCAUCGCGAUGCCGAAGAGGCCCUGGACAUCUUCGAGAGUCCCGAGCCUGGUGGAGGGGCCGGUGGAGAGGAGCCUGAAGAGGAAGGGGGUAGGGAGAUGGCCCUUCAACGCCUGGGCAUGGAUGACAGGCCGCCGGGGGCGGCGGGGGCUGCCGGAGGGGGUGGCUGCUGUCGGAAUUGGCAGCCCAGGAUGUGGGCUCUCUUUGAGGAUCCCUACUCGUCCAAGGCGGCAAGGGUAGUUGCUUUUGCCUCGCUUUUCUUUAUCCUGGUCUCCAUCACAACCUUCUGCCUGGAGACGCACGAGGCCUUCAACAUUGACGUCAACGUGACGGAGACCCUCGUGGUUGGCAACACCACAACGAUCCUGCUGACGCAUAAAGUGGAGACGGAGCCCAUCCUCACCUACAUCGAAGGGGUCUGCGUCCUGUGGUUCACCCUCGAGUUCCUGGUUCGCAUCAUCUGCUGUCCAGAUAAGCUUCUCUUUGUUAAAAACCUGCUCAACAUCAUUGACUUUGUGGCCAUCUUGCCCUUCUACCUGGAGGUAGGUCUCAGUGGCCUGUCCUCCAAAGCUGCCCGGGACGUACUGGGCUUCCUACGGGUGGUCCGUUUCGUCCGGAUCCUCCGGAUCUUCAAGCUGACGCGGCACUUUGUGGGUCUCCGGGUGCUGGGCCACACACUCCGGGCCAGCACCAAUGAAUUCCUGCUCCUCAUCAUCUUCCUCGCCUUGGGGGUCUUGAUUUUCGCCACUAUGAUCUACUACGCUGAGCGGAUCGGAGCCAAGACGUCUGACCCCCGUGGGAGCGACCACACUCACUUUAAGAACAUCCCCAUUGGGUUCUGGUGGGCUGUGGUCACGAUGACCACCCUGGGCUACGGUGACAUGUACCCCAAGACCUGGUCGGGCAUGGUGGUGGGGGCUCUCUGCGCGUUGGCCGGGGUGCUCACCAUCGCCAUGCCUGUGCCCGUCAUUGUCAAUAACUUUGGGAUGUACUAUUCGUUGGCCAUGGCCAAGCAGAAGCUGCCAAAGAAGAAGAAAAAGCAUAUACCCCGUCCGGCCCCGCUGGACUCCCCUACCUACUGCAAAUCUGAGGAAAACUCCCCCCGUAACAGCACCCAGAGCGACACUUGCCCGUUGGCGGUAGAGGAGGGGGCAGCUGAGCGGAAACGGUCAGACUCUAAGCAGAACGGGGAAGCCAACGUGGUGCUGUCAGACGAGGAGCAGCCGCUGUCACCGACCGAUGAGGAGAAGCGGCCCAUGCGGCGCUCCAGCACCCGGGAUAAGAACAAGAAAUCCUCCACGUGUUUCCUGCUGGCCACGGGUGACUUCUCCUGCGCAGCGGAUGGAGGCAUCCAGAAAGGCUAUGGAAAAUCCCGAAGCCUAAGCAGCAUAGAUGGUGUGGCAGGAUCCACGGUGGGCUUGGCUCCCCUCGCGUCCCGCCGCAGCUCUCCCUGUCCUCUGCGGCAUCCCUGCUCUCCCGUCCCCUCCAUCCUCUAAAACGCCGCCUGGAUCCCGCUUUGUCGUGUCGUGUCGCUCUGUCCCCCCUUCCCCGUGACGCCGUGUCUCUGCGGCGGUGCCUGUGCCCGGAGGAGACUCAGCUGAGACAUCUCCAUCACCGAGAAGCGGGUUCUGAUCUUCUCCAGCCCAGCGCUGCCACUGUGCUCCCCCUGCCCGGUUUGCAGGACGUGUAAUGUCUUCAUUGAACUUGUCUCGUGUCCACGUGUUUGGGACAGUCCCUGGAGUAGGUAUUGGUUUCUUUUUUCCCCCUCUUGAAACCUUAUUCAUCCUAAAUAAAUUGGGCCAACCCAUGCGGUUCCCUCUGGUGUCGGGCCCUCCUUCCCGUGGGCUGUUUGCACUUGGGCUAAAGGGUGGUGGAAAUGCAAGGCGGACAUGUUGACUCAUAAAAUUAUAUAUCAUUGUGCUGGAAGUGGCUGAGUUCAUAUAAUUUUAGGUCUUUUUUUUUUUUUUUUUUUAAAAGCAGCCUCAAGUUUCUGGAGGCAACAGAUGAAUAAACCUCUGUUCCCUGCCCAGCAGCGGUUCCCUCUUGUUUUGUGCCUUUCUCUGCCUAAAUGAUAUUCUCUCCUUCCCUGCUUGUGUCUGCUUCUCCAUCCAACCUCAGGGAUGGUCUGGGGCUGAAGGUGGCUUUGGCAGCCUUGAAAACCAGCCUCGAGGUCCCGUGGAGGUGGGAGGCUGUAGGGGAGCACGCGGAGGCUGGGGCAAAGGAUUGGCAAAGUAGGUGUAUUCGUCCCAUGGAGAGCUGGGAGGUGCCGGGGAGAGGAAUAUGGGUCUGUGGGAGUGGUUGGGAAAGCUGCUGCUGCUGUUGAAUAGUGGGGAAAUGAGAGUUUUGAGACAAAAUGUUGCCUAAAUGGAGGGGGGGAUGACUCCUCUUUCGAGAUUAACGCAAGGAUGGGAG